AUGGGGUUCUCUGCGACCCAGGAGCAUCACGAUGUCAUACUGCAAGAGAUACGGAGUCGAACCCAAGGAGACUGGAAAUGUCUCAUUGUCGACGAGGCCUCGGAGAAACUCGUAUACAACUCCGUCAAAGAAGAUGAUAUCCUCAGCAGCUCUGUAGCUACCAUUGAACGGAUCGAGGAGCGACGAGAGCCGAACCCUGACAUGGAGGCCAUCUACAUCCUUACUCCGGAGCCGCACAUCGUCGACUGUCUCCUUGCCGACUUUGACGGAAGGCGAUAUGGACGAGCAUACUUAAUAUGGACAAGCUUGCUGGAUCCCAAGCUGACACGUAAGAUUAACGACUUUCCCGGCGUCGCAAGCCUCAUGGUACAGCCGCAACAGCAAAGACCAGGGUCAAGACCAGUAGCAAACCCGAGAACUCUCCUUGUCGACUUUUAUCCUCGAGAAUCCCACCUCAUUACCUUCAAAGAUCCCUGGAGCUUCCCAGUUCUUUACCACCCCGCUUGCAACAACUUGAUUCCAAAACACAUGCGAGUGCUGGCGCAAAGGAUUGCCGGUGUCUGCAUUACUUUGGGAGAAUACCCCAAGGUCCGAUACUAUCGACCGACCGCCGCCUUUCACGAAGCCUCAGUUCUUUGCUCCCACUUGGCAAGAUUUGUGCAGGAAGAGCUAGACGUCUAUGCCGAGUGGCACAAAAACGAAUAUCCGCCCCCGUCGAACCGGCCACCCUCCACGCUCAUAAUUACCGAUCGAUCAAUGGACCUUAUGGCACCAUUGUUGCACGAAUUUACCUACCAAGCCAUGGCGCACGACCUGCUACCCAUCAAAGACGGUGACAAGGUCAUGUUUCGCACCACAAUCAACGCUGGCACGCCGGACGAGGAACAGAAGGACGUGGAGCUUUGCGAUGAUGACAAGAUUUGGGUCGACAAUCGACACCGACAUAUGAAAGAUACCAUUGACAAGCUCAUGGGUGAUUUCCAAAAGUUCAUCGACGAGAACCCGCAUUUCACUAAAAAGUCUGACAAUGGUGAUGCUCCAAGUCUCAACACCAUCCGCGACAUGCUUGCAGGCCUGCCGCAGUUCAAAGAAAUGAAAUCCGCGUAUUCAUUACAUCUCACCAUGGCACAGGAAUGCAUGAACGCAUUCCAGAACUACAAACUUCCAGACCUGGCGUCUGCCGAGCAAACAAUGUCGACAGGCCUAGAUGAGGACUACAGGAAGCCCAAGAACAUCCUUGAAACGGUCGUGGGGCUGUUGGAUGAUGAGGCAAUACAGCCAGCCGAUCGCCUGCGGCUGAUUGUAAUAUACGUCCUCUACAGAGGCGGUAUCAUCACAGAGGACGUCAAGAAACUGCUCCUUCACGCGUCCUUACCGCCCCAGGACGGCGAAGUCAUUGCCAACCUGGAGCUCCUUGGAGGCAAAACAUCACACAACCUCAAGGAGCCGCGACAGCGGCCUCCGCCCUUAUUUCCCAAGGACCCCAAGGCCUUUCAACCAAACGAAGACUAUGCUCUUUCUCGAUUCGAACCCGUCCUCAAGUCCCUGCUUGACGAGCUCACCAAGGGAACGUUGGACCAAACCACGUUCCCGUACGUCAAACCACCCUCGGACCCAAACGAGGACCUUCUUGCAGCGCAAGGCGGGUCCCUCCGUGCCGGACGACCAAACUGGGCCGCGGCAGGCCGGCGGCCGCCCGAGAACCGCCAAAGAAUCAUCGUCUUCAUGGCCGGCGGUGCCACGUACUCGGAGAGUCGCGUCUGCUACGAGGUCGGCCGCGACAAGAGCCGCGACAUUGUCCUCGCCACGUCGCACAUGCUGACCCCCAAGCUCUUCACCCGUCAGGUCGCCGACCUGAGCCGCGACAAGCGCCAGCUCGACAUCCCCAUGGAACGACCGAAACCCCGUGCCCCAGCUCACUUGUUCGAACGUCCACCGCCGCCGAGCCAGCAGUUCCCCCCCGGUGCCGGUCCUAGAAUGGCCGGCAUUCCGGGACGAGCACCCCCGCCAUCUGGCGGCAUUCCCGGCCGCCCAGUUGGCCCCCCCGGGGGAGCACCCACACCGCCCGUGCCGCCGGCGCCGCCCGUCGGCUCCAUGUCCAACCUCCGUCUGGACGCGAACGGUUCUCCUCCCGCCAAGAAGGACGGAAAGCUACCCAAGGAGAAGAAGAAGAGAAACUUCCUAGGCAUGAAGAAGUAG